AAUACACAGUUGGGGCCGGCUUAUCAAGAGGGCCAACUUCAAAAGCUGCUCAGUAUGAACGGCUCUGAGGGUCUUCCCGAGGCCUAUGACUAUGACCUGAUCAUCAUUGGCGGUGGCUCAGGCGGGCUGGCGGCUGCCAAGGAGGCGGCCAAGUAUGGCAAAAAGGUGAUGGUCCUGGAUUUUGUCACUCCAACCCCACUUGGAACUAGAUGGGGUCUUGGAGGAACAUGUGUGAAUGUGGGUUGUAUUCCCAAAAAACUGAUGCACCAGGCAGCCUUGUUAGGACAAGCCCUACAAGACUCACGCAACUAUGGAUGGAAAGUUGAUGACGCAGUAAGACACGACUGGGACAAGAUGACGGAAGCUGUGCAGAAUCACAUCGGCUCGCUGAACUGGGGCUACCGGGUCGCUCUGCGGGAGAAGAGGGUCACCUAUGAGAAUGCCUAUGGGCAGUUCAUUGGGCCUCAUAGGAUUAAGGCCACCAAUAAUAAAGGCAAAGAAAAAAUUUACUCAGCAGAGAGGUUUCUCAUCGCGACUGGUGAAAGGCCACGAUACUUGGGCAUACCUGGAGACAGAGAGUACUGCAUCAGCAGUGAUGAUCUUUUCUCCUUACCCUACUCCCCGGGUAAGACCCUGGUGGUGGGAGCCUCCUAUGUCGCUUUGGAAUGCGCUGGAUUUCUUGCCGGUAUUGGUUUGGACGUCACUGUGAUGGUGCGGUCCAUUCUCCUUAGAGGAUUUGACCAGGACAUGGCCAACAAGAUUGGUGAACACAUGGAAGAGCAUGGUGUCAAGUUCAUAAGACAGUUUGUGCCGAUCAAAGUUGAGCAAAUUGAAGCAGGGACACCUGGCCGUCUCAAAGUGGUAGCUCAGUCCACCAAGGGUGAGGAAAUCAUUGAAGGAGAGUAUAAUACGGUAUUACUGGCGAUAGGAAGAGAUGCUUGCACAAGAAAAAUUGGUUUAGAAGCUGUGGGAGUACAGAUAAAUGAAAAGACUGGAAAGAUCCCCGUCACCGACGAGGAGCAGACCAAUGUGCCGUACGUCUAUGCCAUCGGCGAUGUACUGGAGGGGAAGCUGGAGCUUACCCCAGUGGCAAUCCAGGCGGGACGACUGCUGGCCCAGAGGCUCUAUGCCGGUUCCAAGGUCAAGUGUGACUAUGAAAAUGUCCCAACAACUGUGUUUACACCUUUGGAAUAUGGUGCUUGUGGCCUUUCUGAAGAGAGAGCUGUGGAGAAAUUUGGAGAAGAGAAUAUUGAGGUGUACCACAGUUACUUCUGGCCAUUGGAGUGGACGAUUCCAUCCAGAGAUAACAACAAAUGUUAUGCAAAAAUCGUCUGUAACAUCAGAGACCAUGAACGCGUGGUGGGCUUCCACGUUCUUGGUCCGAAUGCCGGAGAAGUGACUCAGGGCUUUGCAGCAGCGUUGAAGUGUGGGCUGACCAAAGAGCAGCUGGACAGCACCAUCGGGAUCCACCCUGUCUGUGCAGAGGUGUUCACCACACUGUCGGUGACCAAGCGCUCAGGAGGAAGCAUCCUGCAGACUGGCUGCUGAGGUUAAGCCCCAGUGGGUGCUGCUGCCAAGCCGUCACACCACCGCCCAGGGCCAAGGCCAUGUUCUCAGGAAGGCCCUCGGGCUGAGGCGCCUACGUGGCCUGUGCUUACCACUCCAGCCCCCCUGGGAUCUCCUGUAGGAGGUGGUGAACAGAAGGCAGCCAGCAUCGCACUGGGCUAACCACGUGGACUCGAAGCUGAUAGUGGCAGUGCAUCAAGAGAUGCGUUCAUGAAAUCGCUUGCCCCAAGCCCGAGUGGCGGGCAGCGAUGGAACAUCUGUCUCAUCAGUUUCUCCCAACCUUUCUGUCCUGUGUCCUGCUUCCCCAUGUCGACUCUGUGUCCCUACAUGGUGUUAAUGACCCUAGAGGUGACGAACUGUAGCCGUAGAUUUAUUUUUGUCCCACAGCAAGUCCAGGCUGGAGCAUUCCAAGUCAAGUGUCCUGUUGGUUGCUUCGAAGCUCCACAGACUCACCCCUUGAAUGACCUCUGUCUACCCAGCUGGCCCCGAGGGGUAAACCACAGUUGGACUUCACCAACCUUUGCCCUUUUCUAGUUCGUUGCCCGUCUGAGGCAGGCAGACCUGUGGCUGGCCUGCGUCACUGGCGGCGGUUAUGUUUUAGUUGGGGCUGGACGGGCAUGGCCUCUUGCCCUCCCGUCUGAAGUAACCUACACUACAUGGGCUAGGCAGCAGGCUCACAGAGUGCGGUUUCCACGGGGGCGAGGGGAAAGCCAGCUUUAUUCGGUGUAACAGUCUGAGCCGAGGCUUUUGGCAAUGGGAAACACUGUACUCCUUUGACGCUCUUUUGGGGGACUCUUCAAAAAUGUUCAAAAACAUGGUGUGUCGCGUAUCUGCUCCUUCCUAAGAAUGACCUUCAUAGAAAAAUGAGUCUCCCCAUGCUUAGGAUUUCCACUUAGGUGGUAAUUGCUUCUUGAAGGAAGCUGUUCAUACCGUAAGUUAUUAUUAUUAUUAUUGAACACAGGUGGAUGAGUGAAGGAUUUUCAUUUCAAAAACCAAAUGGAGUUUGACUUACUCCGUUGUGCCUGGUGGGAUUGUCAUCAGCGUGUGUCUGUUUUGUUAGCAUUCCAGCUUGCAGCAUGGUAUUGAGGCCCCGGUUCGGUGAGUGUGUGAAGGGCUGGCUGAGCCGUGCUUCCAGGCCCUCCCUCUCCUCACUGUGCAAGUCGAGGUUUGGAUGUGCAGCCGACAGCAGGCCCCUGCCAGCGCACUCCUUUCCCACACUCGACAUUCUCCAUCAGAGGGGUACUGCGGGGGGAGGUUCAGAGGCCUGCCCCUGCCCCCCAAUGACCCUGCCUCCUUUCCCAUCCCAGCAAAUAG